UUCUCCACCAAUGAGGAAGCACCUACCAGGUAUACUUCACAUCAUUUUGAUGGCAGCAGCCCACAACAAGAUGGUAACCUCCAAAUUCCUCCAACCAUUGUUGUCUCGGACAUGGAUUCAAGUGCGUCAGAGUGUCAGGGCUCACGGAUGGAAGUGCGGAGAUCUUCCUUCUACAGCACUUUAGACCUUGUGCCACAGCUGGAGCACUAUGAUAGUACACUGCCUCACAAGCAGGCGAAAAGCCGACCUUCUCUGGUGGUCCUCCGUAGGGCAUUUGAGGUAACUGGUAUGGAGGUAGAAAACACCGCUACAGACUCAGACGUUAGUGGUCUACCAGUCACAGACAGCGUAAGUGAAGAAUCACAAGCUGCACCGAAUAAGAAAGCUCCUGUGAGAUUCGGCUGGGUGACUGGAGUCAUGGUUCGAUGCAUGCUCAAUAUUUGGGGAGUCAUCUUGUUUCUCCGCUUUUCUUGGAUUACUUCUCAGGCAGGCAUCUUGUUGACCUGUGUAAUUAUCCUGAUGUCUGUGACGGUGACCUCAGUGACUGCGCUCUCCAUCUCUGCCAUCGCCACCAACGGGAGGGUGUCCUCAGGUGGGGCCUAUUUCAUGAUCUCCCGCUCACUGGGUCCUGAGAUUGGUGGGCCAAUUGGGAUGGUAUUCUCCUUCGCCAAUGCAUUAGCCUGUGCCCUCAACACUGCUGGCUUUGCAGAGGUUGUCUGUGAUCUACUUAAGCAAGAGUUUGGCAUAAGCAUGGUGGAUGACAUCAACGACCUCCGUAUAGUGGGUGUGAUCACAGUGACUAUACUUCUACUCAUUUCACUGGCUGGGAUGGAGUGGGAGUCCAAGGCCCAGAUUUUGUUUUUUAUGGUUCUCAUGGUCACAUUUUCCAACUACUUGGUGGGUACAGUGAUCCCUCCCAGUCCAGAGAAACAGUCCAUGGGCAUCUUUGGAUACCACAGUGAGAUCUUCAUAGCAAACUUGAAACCAGACUGGAGAGAUGGAGAGAACUUUUCCAGGAUGUUUGCCAUUUUCUUCCCCUCUGCCAUCGGCAUCCUGUCUGGAGCCAACAUCUCUGGAGAUCUCAAAGACCCUGCUACUGCCAUCCCCAAAGGCACCCUCAUGGCCAUUUUCUGGACUACAGUCAGCUAUCUAGUUAUUGCUGUAACUGUCGGUUCAUGUGUAGUGCGUGAUGCCUCUGGUAACAUCACUGACAUUCUGACUGGAAACAUCACUGAGGGCUGUGUGGGUCUGGGAUGUAACCUGGAGUGGAACUUCACAGAGUGCAUCCAGUCACAGACAUGUGAUUAUGGUCUGGCCAAUGAUAUAAAGGUACUGGGCCGAAUUUCAGGUUUCUACCACCUCAUCACUGCUGGUGUCUUUGCAGCCAGCUUGUCAUCUGCUCUUGGUUUCCUCGUAUCCGCCCCUAAAGUCUUUCAGUGUCUGUGCAGAGACAACAUAUACCCCUACAUUGGAUUCUUUGCAAAGGGUUAUGGGAAAAAUGAUGAGCCACUCCGGGCCUAUCUUCUCUGCUACAUCAUUGCUGUUGCCUUCAUUCUGAUUGGUAAGCUGAACACCAUCGCUAUCUUGAUCUCCAACUUCUUCCUGUGUUCUUAUAGCCUCAUCAACUUCAGCUGCUUUUAUGCUUCCAUCACCAACUCACCUGGUUGGAGGCCAUCGUUUCACUAUUACAAUAAAUGGACAGCGUUGUUCGCAGCAGUGAUCUCUGUGGUGCUGAUGUUCCUGUUUAGCUGGGAGGCCGCUCUCGGCACCUUCUGUAUCAUCUUCUUCCUGUUUGGAUAUGUCAACUACAACAAACCGAAGGUAAACUGGGGAUCAUCAGUACAAGCCGGCACAUACAACAUGGCUUUGUCAUACUCUGUCUCUCUCUCUGGUGUGGAGGAUCAUGUCAAGAACUUUAGACCCCAGUGUCUUGUCCUGACUGGGCCUCCAAAUCAACGACCAGCCCUGGUGGACUUUGUUGGCUCCUUCACCAAGCAUAUAAGCCUCAUGAUUUGUGGAGACAUAAUCAUGGAGCAGGACAGCCACAGUCAGCUGCCAGAUGCCACCGAUCGGUUAGUGAAGUGGAUGAACAAAAGGAAGGUGCGCUCGUUUUAUACUCCUUUCACUGCAGACAGCCUCAGAGUUGGAGCUCGACACUUGUUGCAGGCGUCUGGUCUUGGCAAACUGAAGCCCAACACCCUGGUCCUGGGCUUCAAGGCGAACUGGAGGGAAAGUUCGCCUGAGAGUAUUGAAGAUUACAUCAACACCAUCUAUGACACUUUUGACUCCAACCACUGUUUGUGCAUCUUGAGGAUGAUGGAUGGGCUAGAUAUUUCUGAUCAGUUUGAUUUUGAAGUGAACCAGGGCUUUGAGCCUGAUGAGUCUGUGGAAAAUAGCGACCAGCAGUCUUCUGAGAGGGAAUCAGGUGAUGGCACAUUUGAUAAAGGCAGCAUUGAUCAGAUCAACACAGUGUUUCAGAACGACCAGAUAAAGAAGACCAUUGAUGUCUACUGGAUAGCUGAUGAUGGAGGUCUGACACUGCUGGUGCCUUACCUGCUCACCAGGAGGAAACAUUGGCAUCGCAGUAAGGUCAGGGUCUUCAUCGUAGGUGACGAACACAACAUGGAGGAACGACGCAAUGAGAUGAUUGGCCUGCUGAGGAGGUUUCGUCUGGACUUUAAUGAUGUUAUCGUUAUGACGGACAGUGAGAAGCAUCCACAGCCCAAAAAUCUAAGCAGGUUUGUGGACAGUGUUGCCCCCUUCAGGCUAUAUGAUGAACAACAGGAAGGCGUCUUGGUUCAAGAAGUGAAACAAAAAACCCCAUGGAAAAUAAGUGACAAAGAGUUUGAGGCCUUCAAACCUAAGUCUGAGAGAAAAGUGAGACUGAAUGAAAUCAUCCGGAGAAAUUCACAGAAUGCUGCUCUGGUGCUUGUGAGCCUUCCAGUGCCACGCAGUGACUGCCCCAGUGCUCUGUAUAUGGCCUGGCUGGAUACACUGACGUCUGGCCUUCACUGCCCUGCGGUGCUCAUACGAGGAAAUCAGCAAAACGUCCUGACGUUCUACUGCCAGUGA